GGAACUUACGCAGUUUUGCUUGCCGUAUAGUACAGAUAUUUGCCGCAUUCUUGACGCGCCACUUACCUUUUCUAUACCAUGUCAUAACUCAUAUGGCAGCAUAUGUGAUUUGUGAAUAAUAAUUUUAAAGCCAUGCAUUUUCUCUCUCCUCUUCACCUACUGCUAUUACCAUUGCUGCUCCAUCUAUGGAGAACACCCUCUGCAGCAAUAGCAUCAAGCUCAUAUGCCUCAGAAAAGUUCAUUUCAGCCAUUGGAGACCCAGAAAUGAAGAACCCAAAUACCAGAUUUGCAUUGGAAGCUUGGAAUUUCUGCAAUGAGGUGGGCUUUGAAGCACCCCACAUGGGUAGUCCGAGACUUGCAGAUUGCACAGAUUUGUACUGCCCCUUGAUUCAUGGACAUAAUCUCUUGGGUACAAAACUGGAGGCAGGGGAUACUGACCUCAAUAACAAAAAUAGUGGUUGCAAAGUGCAUCACAAAGUAAAGAACUCAGACAACAGGUUGAAGGCAGGUGACAACUUUCCUAUUCCUGGUUAUCAACCUUAUGCUGAUCCUGACCGUUAUGCUGUCGAAAAGGAGUUGUAUCUUGCUUCUCUAUGUGAGGUAUCUGAUACUCAAGACCCAUGGCAAUUCUGGAUGAUCAUGCUUAAGAACGGCAAUUUUGACAAAAAUACUACACUAUGUCCUGAAAACGGCAAAAAAGUCACUAAAAUAGUUACAGACAGAAAAUUUCCAUGUUUUGGGAAAGGAUGCAUGAAUCAACCUCUUGUUUAUCAAAAUCAAUCAAGAGUUUUUUUAACCGAGCACCAUAUGCCAUCAUUAAGUGGAGGAUUUUAUGGCUCCUAUGAUCUCAACGCUGAUUUUAAUAAAGAUGUGAGCAGCAUGUCUUAUUUCUCUGUUUCCUGGGAAAAAAAUUUGAGUAGUGGCAGUUGGAUUAUCUCAAACAAAUUAACAACAUCUUCUAAGUACCCUUGGCUUAUGUUGUACUUAAGAGCAGACUCAACAAGAGGAUUUAAUGGAGGUUAUCAUUAUGAAGGUAGAGGCAUGCUUAGAAAGCUACCACAAUCUCCCAACUUCAAAGCAAAAUUAACGCUCAACGUUAAACAAGGUGGUGGCCCUAACAGUCAGUUCUAUCUCAUUGAUAUUGGGAGUUGCUGGAAGAAUAAUGGGCUUCUGUGUGAUGGUGACGUGUUGACAGACGUAACCAGAUAUUCUGAGAUGAUCAUUAACCCUGAAACUACUAGCUGGUGUCGACCAGAUAACCUUGUCUCAUGCCCACCAUAUCACCUUAGCAACACAGGGGAGGCCAUCCACAGAAAUGAUACAUCUCGAUUUCCGUAUUCAGCAUAUCAUCUCUAUUGCGGCCCCGGAAAUGCUGACUUUGCAGAGAAACCAGUUGAUAUCUGUGAUCCAUAUAGCAAUCCACAGUCACAGGAAAUCUUACAGCUUCUACCUCACCCUGAGUGGGCUAUCCAUGGAUAUCCAGAAAAGCAAGGAGAUGGUUGGAUUGGGGACUCAAGAACCUGGGAAUUGGAUGUUGGGCGUCUUUCCAGUCAGUUGUACUUCUACCAGGAUCCAGGAACAACACCAGCCAAGCGUAUAUGGUCAUCCAUCAAUGUUGGUGUAGAAAUAUAUGUUAGUAGAACAAGACAGACUGCAGAAUGGACUGUAAGUGAUUUUGAUAUUUUGAUUCCAGAAAAUAAUCUUCAAUGAUUGUCCAGGAAGUUUCCUCGAUCUCUAAUGUAUGGACUUGCUGGCAGUUGAAAACAUGAUUUUACUAAUUAAUUACUCUUUUUAUUUUUGGGUUCACACAUGUGUAUGUUAUGAAUAUAUAGAAAUAAAACAAGGCGGUGCCUGUUGUGUGUUCCUGCAA